UGAACGUCAAAAAUAGCAAGUGAUAGCAAAUGCUGUCGUGUUCUUGUUUACGUUAAAAAAUCGAUAAAUACUUAAACUAGCUACAGCCAGCCACAAAAACUAGAAAAUCAAGUAAUAUAGAUAUAAUAUGUGUGUAUAAUAUAAAACAAACAAAAUGACAAAUCUUCAAGAAGUACCAACAGAUGAAUUAUUGUCAUUCCAAGAUUUUCCUAGUGUUCACAUCUCCGGUGAAGACAACAGAACCAUACCAAUUUCAGAGGCACAAAUCAAUGUAAAUUAUGUAGACGGAAAUAUAAGCCCAAGUCACAAUCUUCCAGGAGCAGGGGAUGCUCCAGGGGUUGAUGCAACAAAUCCCACAACAGAAAAAGCAUUUUGGACUUUAGAAUAUUACCAAAAAUACUUUGAUGUAGACACAUCGGAUGUUGUGGAGAGGAUAAUGGCAUCCAUAACUCCUAAAUGGGAUAACCGUCUAAAGAAUCACUUAAGGACCAAACCGGAUCUAUAUGGUCCAUUCUGGAUAUCAGUUACCCUUAUCUUUACCAUUGCAAUUGGAGGAAAUAUAGCAAACUAUUUACAGAGUUCCAAUUCCCAAUAUCAUUGGAGAUAUGAUUUCCAUUUAGUAUCUUAUUCUGCUACAACUAUAUUUUCAUAUGUAACAAUAAUUCCCUUGAUAUUGUGGGGUUUAUUAAAAUGGAGUGUUCAUAUACAAGAUGUUGAAGGCUUAGAUGAGGAAUUAUCACCUGGCAUUUUGGAGUUAAUCUGUAUUUAUGGUUAUUCCUUAUUCAUAUACAUUCCAGUAUCUGCAUUAUGGUCAAUCCAAAUAAAUAUAUUGCAGUGGACCUUGUUAGCAUUUGGAACAUUCAUAUCUGGCUCAGUAUUAUUGCUAACAUUAAUGCCAGCAUUGCGAUUUUCACAAAGGAAGUUUUUGCUAAUGUUUUUUAUCAUAGGUUUUCAUUUAAUGUUGUCAGCAGGAUUUAUGUUAUAUUUUUUCCAUGGACCCAGUGGUUCUGUUAAUAACACUAUUCCUGCAACCACCUUACCCCCAGUAGUAACUACACUGCACAGUGGAGGUAAUGCAACUAAUAAGAGUCGUUAGCAGUUUUAUCUGUUUUAUGUACAUAUAUGUGAUUAAAUGUAUAAAUAAGCAU